AUGGCGACGACGCUCCUGCUCUCCAUUGAGGCGCGCCGCCUCCUCGGACACGCGGCGCGGCCGAGCAGCUUUGACUGCGCGGCGACCGUACUGGCGGUACUCCUCUGCUUCCGGGUUGCCGUCGCUGCGUUCUACGCCGAGUUCCUGCUCAACUUCUUCUCGUCGUCCAGUCGGCUCGCCGUGCGCGCGGCCGACUUCUACCUGACGCUGGGCUGGGCGACGGCGUACGUCCUCUACGCGUGGGCGCAGUACGCGCAGAGCGGCUUCUGGCCCUACUUCUUCCUCGACCUGAGCAGCUGGGCGGCCGUCGGCUGGUACUCGCUCCUCAUCGCCCUCUUCGCCGCCGUCUACGCGAUGGCAGUGGGCGGCUCGGCACUCAAGGCGCGCUGCGCCGGCCUCGCGUCAAAGAGCUAA